CUUAUAAAUACAAAGGCGGAGCUGGGUCCAGGUAAUCAGGGAGCAAAGAGCCCAGGAUCCUCAGGCCAGCACUGUCUGCACACUGGGGAGAUGAAGGUCUCUGCAGCUGCUUUCUCCUUCCUCAUCCUUGCUGCUACCCUUGGAUCCCCUGCCCAUGGAUCCCUGGCCCAUGAAUCCUGGGAUGAUGAACCAAGCAUGGAGAUACAUCAGUUGGAUCCCAGAGGACCCUCUCCCGGCAUUCACCGUCCUGCUGACUGCUGCCCGUCCUAUACACCACGAAAAAUCCGAUGCAGAUUCAUGGAAAGUUACUUUUUAACGACCAGUGGGUGCUCCAAGCCUGCUGUCAUCUUCACCACCAAAAGGGGGCAGCGUGUCUGUGCCAACCCUGAUAAUGCGGAUGUUCAGGAUUGUGUAACGAACCUGAACAGGACUCAACUCGAGAAUUUAAAAAAUAAAUAAAAAUUUUAAAAACAUGUCUCAUUCAAAUUUGACAGAUCGCAUAUAUGUCAAAGAUGUACUUAACCUAUUAAUGAGGGAACCAUACUGAUUCUAUUAUCAUCUGAGGAACAGAGAUUUAUACAGU